UAGUGAUUCUCAAGAAGCUCCUCGAAAGCAGUAGACAAUCAAGAGAACUUCGUAUAAUCUUCCUUCGUCACAUCGGCGGAUUCAUCAUCGAAGUUGAACAAUCUCUCGAUCGUAGACGUACUAAACUAAACAAAAAAAAAACACGAGAAAAAUUCCAAGCCAAGUCGAAGAAGGCGCGAACACAGCCGAGCACGAACACGUUGAGGUGACUUAUGAUGGGCUGCAGACCGGCAGCUAAGUCGAAGGUGGUGGAAGGGUGCGGUCGCGGGCAGCUCGAGGCGGCUUUCGCGUCGCCGAGGUGUAACGAGGUGACGAUCAUCGAGCUUCCCACCGAGACGACGAUCGUUCAGAAGCGAGAGGAUCGUUCGGGUCCGAGCGGCGCAGCCGAGGCAGAGGAGGAAGAGGAGGAAGAGGAGGUUGGCAAGGAGCGAGAUUAUAGCUCAGAUUGGGCGAGGUCGAGGCUCGCCCUCGAGUCGAGUUUCAACAGAUAGCUGCCUGAGGAUGCAGAGGCUGCGCUCGACCUUCAAGAGGUCGCGCACCCCAACGGGAGCGGAAAUGAAGUCGCAGUCGAGCCUCGAGGUGCCUAAGCAGGUUAGGUCUGCCUCCUUCGACGAGAUCCAAUUGGAGGCCAAGCGGCACGACGACGGGAGGGACGCCAGAUCGACCAGGACCACGUCCUCCUCGUCCUCCUCCUGUUCACCUGCCAGAUCCCAAGACUCGUCCAGGGGUAGGCGAUCCGCGACCCUAAGAGUGCCCCAACUGCAGAGCGGCCAACGAUCCAAAAGCUUCGACGUGAGCGAGAGAGGUUAUGGGUCCUCGUCCAGUCAACAGUCGUCCCUGGGAAGGGACGUUCGACGCCCCGAGACGCCCACUAUUCAAGUCUCGGGUUGCUACCACUGUGCCUGCGUGGAGGAGUACAAGAGUCUUAAUCUGAGCAGGGACGAGGACGAUCCUUCGUCGAGGGAGGAACUGGACGACGAGGUGGACGAGGGCGACGACACCUCGGGCGAGGACGAUGAGGACUCCGAGUUGGUGGACAGGAGCGAGGGUAGCCCCGAGAUCAGGGUCACUUUGACCAUGUUCACCGAUAGGGAGCAGCCCGAUCCGGUGAUCGAGACGACACCCCCGCCCUCACCGCCACCCUCUCUAUCGCCCACCCUGGUCCCGGAGAUCGUUCCCGAGAUGGUGCAAGAGGACACGUCGGAUAUCAGGGGCGGUCUAUUUCCGUCCAGAGAACGAAGAAGGUCGAUCUCCUCGCCCAAACUCGCCCGACAAGAGGCUCUUACCUCGUACCCUAUCGAGCUGCCUACCGUGGUCAGCUCGACGGAGGACGAGGAGAGGGCGGAAGAGGAGGAGGACGAGGAGGAGUUGGGCCACGUCGGAUCGGGCAAAUGCAAGUUCGUCGUCAGGGAUAUCUUUCUUACCGUUCCGGAAUUGAAAAGGGAUCGGGCCGCGUCCGUCGACUCCUGCUUCAACAAUAAAAAUGGGCACAGCGAGGACACCGACACGUUGACUGUCCCUCAACAAAGUAUACGGUCGAAGAGCGUCGAUAUCGUUCUGCCUACCGAGGCGCAGACGAGAUACACGGCAUUGCUGCCCGGCACCGAGGCUCGACCUCCAAGAGGAGGGAGAGAGGAGGGUGGAACGAGUGGUGGUCACCGUGAACCCCGAUCAACGCCCGAUUGGGGUACUGGUGCACUUAAUGGAGAACAUCUUUGGGUACCGACGUCAGCUUCCGGUGACUUCUGUUACGUCAACGACUGCUCGAAACAUGGGCCCCGGAUGAAAUGCGCCGCCUGCCGAGUGGUUGCCCACGCGGUGUGUGCGGUGAGCCUAAAUUUCGCCUGUAAAUCGAGUUUCCGGGACGUUGGGGUCCGCCAAUACCGGGAACAGACAAACACUCUCCACCACUGGGUACACCGCCGCUCACAGAAGGGAAAAUGCGCGAAUUGCGGCAAGUCGUUCCAAUCGAAGCUUAGCUUCACAUCGAAGGAGAUCGUCGCUGUGAGUUGCAGCUGGUGCAAGCUCGCCUACCACAACAAGGAGGCGUGCUUCAACGUUCAGAAGAUCGGCGAGAAUUGCGAGUUGGGCGUUCAUUCGUCCAUCAUAGUGCCGCCAUCUUGGAUCGUGAAGCUGCCCAGGAAGGGCAGCUUCAAGAGCAGCUUGAGAAAGUCGCCUAGGAAGAAGAAGUCCGGGGGUAGCAGUAGCAGCACGUCGAGCAGAAAGAAGUCGAAGGAUAAGGACAAGGAGCAGGAUAACAAGGAUCAGGGGAAGUUGUGGGUGGUGAAACCCAUACCCACGCCCACUGUGAAACCCGUGUUGGUCUUCAUUAACCCGAAAUCGGGCGGUAAUCAAGGUGCGAAGCUGUUGCAGAAGUUUCAGUGGCUGCUGAAUCCGAGGCAGGUGUUCGAUCUGACUCAAGGCGGACCUAAAAUGGGGUUGGAAUUAUUCAAAAAAGUUCCUAAUCUUCGAGUUCUCGCGUGCGGUGGCGACGGUACCGUCGGUUGGGUGUUGUCCAUCCUUGAUCAAAUCGGCGCAUCCCCACCCCCAGCGGUAGGCGUGCUUCCUCUAGGAACCGGAAACGAUCUGGCCAGGGCUCUGGGAUGGGGUGGUGGUUACACGGACGAGCCGAUCGGGAAAAUUUUAACAAACAUAGGGGAGAGCGAGACGGUGUUGCUGGACAGGUGGCAGUUGGUCGUCGAGAGAAAUCCUGACGCGCAGGGCGACGACGAUAACGGAAAGGGCAAAGAGAAUCUACCUCUAAACGUCGUUAAUAAUUACUUUUCCCUCGGUGUGGAUGCUCAUAUCGCUCUUGAAUUUCACGAAGCUCGAGAGGCGCAUCCAGAGAGAUUUAAUUCACGAUUACGGAAUAAAAUGUUUUACGGUCAAAUGGGCGGUAAGGAUCUCGUGCGACGGAAGUGGAAAGAUCUGUCGGAAUUUGUCAUGUUGGAUUGCGACGGCCAAGAUUUGACACCGAAACUGAAGGAGCAUCGUGUUCACGCCAUAGUUUUCUUGAACAUCGCCUCGUACGGUGGUGGAACUCAUCCUUGGGGCAGCGCGAGCGGAACCAAAGAACCAUCGACGGAAGACGGACUGAUCGAGGUCGUCGGUUUGACCACGUAUCAACUUCCGCUUCUUCAAGCAGGUGGCCAUGGUACGUGCAUCGCUCAAUGCAGCACAGCUAAGCUGGUUACUACGAGGACCAUUCCAAUGCAGGUCGAUGGCGAGGCUUGUCGACUGCUACCAUCUAUCAUAAAUCUAAAAUUACUAAAUAAAGCAACAAUGUUAGCGAAACGAAGAAGUUCGAGCAAACCGCAACAAGAUGUCAAACUGGAAAGAUUAAAAUUGCCGGUGAUGAAGAUCAAGAUGUCAGAUUACGAGAGAUAUCAUCACGAUAAGGAUAUGUUGAAAAAAUCCGCUAUCACGUGGAUUGUGGAACCGCUUGAUCUUGAUGCUACCACAGACUUAGAAUCUUUAAGAAAGAUCCUGGCGAAAAACUAUAACAUGGACACUUGUUGCUUCCUCGAUUCAUGCACUGCGGAACGAUUCUUCAGAAUUGAUAAAGCUCAAGAGCAACUCCAUUACGUGACCGAUGUAGCUGUCGAAACGGUGUAUAUUCUCGAAGAGAACGCAAAUCAAUCGAACGAAUCCGAAGAACCGAAGAUACCUAUGACCCAAAAAUCGGAAACUACCAGCGUACCACCAAGCGAAGAACAAACAAAGAAAAAUGCAGCCAUGACAAAAGAGCAGCCCAAAGAAGAGCAAAAAGAGCAGCCCAACGAAGAGCAAAAGGCGGUGCCUAAAGAAGAACCAAAGGCGCAACCUAAAGAAGAACCAAAAGCACAACCAGAUACGGAACCGCAGAGUGCACCGCCUGAAACAUCAACUGAAACAAAGACAGAGGUCGUGAUUCCGAAAUCUCAUGAACCAAUGAGUAAUAACACGUCUAAGGAUGUAUCUCCAAAUAUGAAAAAGGAGGGGAACAUAUCUGGAGACGCGACCAAACAAAGCAGUUCCUCAAAAUCGAUCUCUGCGACGGUUGCCUCUCAGUCGCAACAUCAAGCACCACCCACCUUUAUUAGUCCACGAGAUAGACUUUUUGGUCUGAGUUCUGAAGUUCACACCUUUAACACGGGAUUACUGGAGAAAACUAGUGAUGGUAUUUUGAAAGCAGCGAAAAUAGGCGAUCUACAAGCUUUAAAGGAACUUCACGAGAAAGGAUAUUCCCUUCUGUCAAUCGACUCCACUGGACAAACUGCUCUACACUUGGCCUCGAGAUAUGGUCAUAAAAAUAUUGUCAGAUAUCUCAUCGCUUGUGCACCACCGACUAUUCUCAAUAUGAUCGACAAUGACAAAGGUCAGACCGCUUUGCACAAAGCGGCUCAAUAUAAGCGUCGUUCCAUUUGCUGCAUGUUGGUAGCUGGUGGUGCUACUUUAAUCAUCAAGGAUCGACACGGCAACUCACCUCGCGAUCUAGCCCUACAAGCAGAGGACCGUGACCUCGCAGCGUAUUUAAGCAGUCAAGAGCAGUUCCAGCUGACAACGGAAGAAAUGGAGAACUCCCUCUGACCUCCGCCCUUAAUUAGCAGGGCUUGAAUUGAUCCAAUCUAUAGGAACAUCAAGAGAAAUGGUCCAGGUGUGAACGAACAACGGUCAUCUACGAUACACGUUCGUUUUCUCUGUUUUUUUGCGUAAGUCGCAUGUGAUAACUCGAUUAUUCCUUUUAUCGGCAAAUUAGCGAUGUCGACGUAUAUUUAUUAAGGUGCUCUCCAUUUCCUUUCUCGUCGAAGCUUCGAGAUCCCUUUCCAUGAGCGUGUAAAUUAAUUACAUUCUGUAUAGAUAAAUUACAUAUACACAUAACACGUAUAUACGCGUGUUGUGAGAUUAGAAAUUUUUCGAUCGAUUAACAGCCUCUAUACAAUAUAUACAUAUACAUAUAUAUUUUUAAAUCGUACUCCAAUUAGACGAGAAAAUUAUUUAUUAUUGUCUUUUGAGUCUCGUCUUACCAACGAAGAAAUCACGUAAAUGUUUAUACUUAUCGAUUAUUUUGAAUUGAAAUUAAUUGUAACGAUAAGAAUGUCGAGAAGUAACACGCGUGCGGAUGAAACAGAAAUUAUCGGCAAAAGAAUUUUUGCUCAUUCGGAAUAUUGCUGUUAUAAAAUCGUAUUCGUGAAAAAUUUUAAAAAUAUGAAAAUUUUCUCAGAUGACCCAAGAAGAGAAAUCGAAUUAGUGAGAGAUUAGGAUUAAAGGAGAAUGAUUUAAUCGAAAAUUUAAUUAUAGUUAAACAUCAUAAAGACUAAUCUUCACUGUAUUCUCGUUUAUAUGACUUUUAUUUUAUAUUUUUCUACGUUUCCAUUUCUAAAUAUUACGAGUUUUGACAAAUUAUAAGUAAAUUGUCUCUAUCGUAUUGAAUUUGUAGUGUUGUUGUUCCAUAAUAACGUAGACACAAAUUUUUACAUUUUUCGCGACUAGUGGCGCCAUCAUCUUCCUUAAAUGCAAAGGAUGCAUAAGUAUAUAGGUUAGUGUUCACAGAGUUGGGCAGAAUUUUUUUAUUCCAGUUAUUUAGAUCGUUGAGACUAUUAGAGGAUCGUUGAUUCACGUUAGAAAUUUGUUUUGAUGCGCAUCGUUACGAUCGUUGUUCGGGUAAGAUUUUUUCUUUUUCGAUUCGAAAAGAUUAUUCGUAAGAGGCGUAUUCGAAAAAUUUUGUUAUAAUCACGUGAUAAUCGGAGAAUAAAGAUGAAAUAUAUUUAUCGCCACGGUUAUUUGUUGAAUUUUAUCGAAGAGAAAGAAGUUCUAUCCGACUCUGCUGGUAUCCCCAAGCGUUCACUUUAAUAUCUCGUUAUAUUGUUCUCUCCGCUUGUUCUAGGAUACCUCGUUGCAUUGGAUAUACAUAUCUUUUUCUAUAAAAAAAAAAAGUCUCGCGUUAAUAUACAUAUAUAUAUUAUACAUAUACAUAUAUUUUCUACGUACGUUAAAUACUGAUAUAAUAUUUAUUGUUCUUAAGAUAAAAAGAUUUCUUCACGAUGCUGUUUUAUUCUUGUCCGUGAACAUUCGUUGCACUUCUUGCCACUGCUUGGAUAUACGUGAAAAACGUGUAUAUACAUGUGAUUUUAUAUACGAACUAAAGAAAAAUGGAAAAUGAAAUGAACAGUUAUGUAAAAAAUCGAAUAGUUGGAAAAUACUUUCGAAUUUUCAUACAUGGGAUCGGUGUGAUAUAAUUUAACGUGUUUCGUCUGAAAUAUAAUUGUUAGAUAUAUUGUUUUCGUGAGUCAUUUAUAAUAUCUAAAUAAAAUCACAGAAUUUUAAAGAAAAGGAUAACAUCGAUUUAAAAAAAUGUGCCAAUGAAUUAAUGAAUCAAUGGAAACUUAAAUCACGUUUGCAUUGCUUCUUGAUUUAAAGUGAUAUUGCAUAUUUUUGCAAUGAUAUAAAUUAAUAAAAGAACAUAUUCAAUCUAUAAUAUUGAAUUCAAGAUACAUUUUUACGUAGAUAACUUAUUCCCUUUCGGAAUCAUUUUUGAUUCUAUAUUUUUCGAUUCGAAAGUGAUUCAUAAUAAUUUUUAAAUCGUAAAAAAAUGAUAAUUCGUGCAUUGUAAACACGACUUAAGAUUUCCAUUAUCCAUUGCUAUACAUCGAUCGCGUUAAAAAUUCGAAAGAAACGAAAUCUCUAAUGUACCAAGCAGUGAUGUUCACCUAUUUAAGCGAUAUUAAUCGAUUGAGAAAUGAAAAGAAGCAGAGAUCGGAUGAAGAAUCGGCGGUCGAUGAUAUAAAAAAAAGGAUAAGAGAUCGGGAAGAAGAAUUAUCAUAACUCGGUACCAAAAUGAAAAAGGGGAUCAACGUACGAACACCAAUUAGCUCUUAAAAAAAAGACGGUCUAUCGUCGCUUAUUAUUAUACUAUUACUAGACUAUUCUAAUUUUAUUGUCGAAUUAUAUCGUAUAACGUAUAUAUAGUUACUCCUUCGAGCAUUAUUCGUCCUAUGGACAUGGUGAAAUCGUUUUUGAACAAAGUGGAGCCACAAUGAUAUAUAUAUAUAUAUACAUGUAGAUAUAUGCGAGGUAAGUUAUCCAUGUUGGACACUCGCGAAUCCAUGUUCACGAAUGUUUAAUAUCAUAUUCUCGACUAGAUUCGCGUUAGCGUUCAAGUAUUUAAAUAACCACUUCGACAAAUUUAUCAUGGAGAAUAAUAGUUUCUUAUUUCAUCAAACGUGUCAUGUAUAUACAUAUAUAUAUAUAUCUUUUUUCGCGCUUUUCUCAAGGGAAUCAUCUUUAAUCCCUCGUUUUCAAUUAUAUAACGAUCUACAUAUUUUUAUUAUUAUUAAUGAGAAAGGAAAAAAGUGAUCCAAAGGAUUCCGUGUGAAACGAUUCAACGAUUUCACGAUCUAGUUGUAUAUAUCAUUCAUAGUUCUCAUAGUAAGGAGAAAACUCUUAUCAAUUAACCGACAUACGAUCGAUGUUCAACGUAUAAAAGAAAAAGAAGAAAAAAAAAAAAAGAUUCUCCAAAAGAAUCUAAAAAGUUUUCGACUCGAAAAUUCCUAGCUUCGAAUUUUAGCUAAUUUUGAAGGAUGAAAGUAAAUAGGGGGAAGAAAAAAGAAAGGAGGGGGGAGGGGGGAGAGAAAAACAUGAAAUCGAAUUCGAACGGAUCGAGAGAUAUCGAUAUUCGCGCGUGUCCACUCCUCGUGUGUCUCUUAUCCUCUGUAAUUAAAACUGAUAUUUUUAGCGAUCGAAUUAGAGAUCGAGUUUAGAGAAGUUUCGCGGCAAGGAGAUCGCGCAUGCGCGUACCUGCCGCGUAUCAAGUAAACUAGAUUGUAAGUAUACCAGUAGAGAGAAUUGAAGGUAUCCAAUAACGAAUGGUGAAUCGAUUCUAGAAAUGCCUUCGAGCGUAAGAUACCGUUGUUCUGAUUAUUUUUUAUAUGUAGUGUAAUCACGAUGCCUUUGUAAUUCUAUCCCGAGAAAAUGAGCCACGUACAUCGAGCGAACGAUCGAUAUUUCCACUGUAUUUAAUGUCCCUAUUAUAUUUAACGAGAGCGAGCCGGGUCCUUCGCGCGAUGAACGUUGGCCACGUCGAUUUAAAAGAAGCAUGAGAAAGCGGAAGCUAGAGUUAAAUCACGUUGAACAGCUUUAAUGUAUUAGUUGAAAAUUUUUAUUUAAUUUGUAUAAAACCUUAGUCUCGAUUGUUAUUUAAAUUAAACUGAGAGGACGAAAAUUUUUUCUUUCUUAAUUAAAGUGAAUUUUAAAUUUAUCAAGUAUUAAAUUGAAAAUCUGUUGACUUUGUUAUUUGAAUUUUAUUAAAUUUAAAUCAAAUUGACGUUUCAAAUAAAUUAUUUUCCUUCUUUGUAAUUCUUUAUUUUCUGUUUUUAUUCCCAUGUUUAUUUCUCUCUCUCUCUCUCUCUCUCUCUCUCUCUCUCUCUCUCUUUCUUCUAUCGGUAAUUCAAUAAUCGUAAAUUAUUUCUUCAAGUUUUGACUCGAACAUUAUUGUGAAAAUUCUUGAAUCCAUCGCUAUUUUUUCUUAUUAUCCAUCGUGAUUAUAUAAUCUGGUUUAAAAGUUUCAAUUCAAUGACCAAAAACUUCUUGUUUCUUUUUUUAGAAAUCGGUUCGCGAUGAAAAGAGAAUUCUUGCGAUCGUUUCUCCUUUCACGGAGAUUCUUCUUCGUUUGUGCGAGAUAAAAAUCGUUAAAUCAAACGGAAAGAGAUUAAAAUACUUUGAAAUCGUGUUGAAUCGUCGUGUAAUUGCGAUAAUACCGUAACUUCUUACCUUUUUAUCUAUCGUCUCAAUAGAAUCGAGAUGUAUUUUCGAAUUGCUCGGAAAUUUCGAUGCGUGUUUGUGUAACUUCUUUACCGAUCGAGUUAUAAUAUACGAAUUUUGCACUUUUCAAAAUCACAUUCGUAUCGGCGUGUAAAUGUUUCUAAGAAAUAUUUUGCUAUGUUUUAACUAAAAGAUUUGAAAAUAGAAAAUAUACAUAUAACGAAAUAAUAAUUUCUCAAUAAUAAUUUUCUCGACACUACAUUUCUGAAUCGUAAUAAAUAAAUGCUAUUGAUAUUGAAAUGAUUGAUCAACGGAGGGAAGAAAUUAACAAAGGACGAAUGAACGUAAAUGUCAUAAUUCGAUUUCAUCGAUAACUACAGAAAAGUUCCGCAUUUGUUUUAAGAUAAUUAUUGUAUAAAACAUGUUCCUUGCACAUGAAAGUUUUUCAAAUUUCUUAAAGGUAAAUGUUUAUUCGAAUUGUUAUGGAAAUAUCGCGAAUAUAAAACGCAAAAUAAUUCGAAUUGCGAAACAACACGAUAUUAUUCUUCUAACUAUGAAACUAUAUUAACUUAUGAAAUAAUAUUAUUCUUAAUAUAAUUCGAGACGUCAAAAAUUAAAGAGGAUUCUAGAUAUUGAUUUUUAAUAAUCACGAAAUAUGAAAAUGAAAAAUCCAAAACGAUGAUAAACAUAUUGAACUGACGGAUGUGAAAGAAAGCUUUAUCAUCUUUCAUAGUUUUUGGAAAAAUUUAUAAUGCGACUGUACGCGUCAAUUGCCACAGAAUAGGAAAUUUCCAUUACGCAUACCCGCAGUCUCGAAUGUGUUAAUUAUUAACAAAUAAAAUCAGAGAUACGUGGGAAAAUAUUUAAAUUACCACUUAUAUCCCGCAUUGAUCGUUAUUCUCUGCGAUUACUCGUUACGAUUUAUAAUAAUAAUCUUGAUAAAAAUUUAAUUCUCUUUGAAGAUAUUCUUGUUAUAAUUGAGCGAAAAAAAUUCUAUUUCACACGUUAAUCCAACUAUUUUCUCGUUGAUUCGUGUACAUACCAGAGAAUAAUAUAAAACAUUUAAACGUAAAUCUAUUGAAACGAUAAAGAAGUAAGAGGAACGAAAAUGAUCGAAAUCUUUGAAAAUGAUAUUUUGAUUAUCUUAUUCUAAUCUAUGUUAAUGACAAAUUUGUUCGUAUGUGCGUUUAAUAAAUGUAUUUUUACCGGUGUAAUUGAAGAUUAAAAUCAAUCAACGAUCGAUGAUUAUAAAGUAAACGUAUUUCAAUUUUUAAGAAUGACUUAAAAUUUUCUAAUCUCUUUUGCUUAUGAGAUUGUACAUGUAACGUUUUUAGAUAUUGCUUCCCUUUUCCAGAUGACAUCACUUUGAAUGGGACGGGGCAAUUCAAGAUUCCCUUUGAACUUUUUUCAGUUUAAUCUUAGCCUUUAAUCUUCGUCGACAUUCAAUAAUGCAACUCCUGUUCUUCCUUCUUUUUUUAUGCUUCUUCUUUUUUCCUUUUUGUCCAAACCAAUUGAUCAAUAAGAAAUCGUUUUAUCGUAAAUUUAACGCGUUACAAUGUUUCUUAAAGAUUUAAGAUAUUGCAGUAAAUUUCAGAACAAAGUUAGAACAAGUUACAUCGAUGAUACGAUCGAUUAACGAUGAUUAAUUAAAAAAAUUUGUUAAAAAUUAAAAAGAAAAUUGUAUGAUAUUUAUGGAAAGUGGAAAUUCAAUAGAUGUCGAUGUUUGCAUUUUAAUGAAUUUUGAUACGAAAAAUUUGAGAAUAAUAACGUGUUACGCAUCAAUGUCAAUCAUCAGUGACUGAUAGCAAGUUUUGUAUUCAAAUUAUAUUCCAUGAAUGUGUGAUUCACCUAAAGAUUUGAAUUGUUGAUAUUAUAGUAAUAGAUAUAUGUACAAUAUAUCGAUCGAAUAUAUAAAAAUUUAAUUUUCUUUUUUAAAAAUAUAAAAAUAGUUUAUAAUAAUAAAUUAUUGUACGUUGUAUCUUUGAAAUUGAAGAUAAAAUAGAAAAAUUUUAAGAAUUAAAUUUUCUAAAUUAAGAAUUUUAGAUUUAAUAAUUAUUACGGAAAUUAAUCAUAGAAAUAUCACGUUUAUUUCUCGUAGAAUUUAUCGAUAUUCUAAAUUCAAGUGAAGUAUUAAUGUAUAGAUGAGUAUACGUCAGAUGAGUCACUGAUGACCCACGACAAAAACCAAAAAUAAAACUUUUAUCGAGCAAAUAAAAAUAUUCUUUUACUAAUUUUUUUAGCAAGUUACAUAUAAAGAAAGAUCAAAAUGUCAAGAUUCAAAUAUAAUUCUAGUUUUUAAUAUGGUUUAAGUUUUUUACAAAGUUUUUUACUCGAAAAUUAUCAAAAUUUUCUUAAUAUAAAUUUUCUCAUAUCACAAAACGUAUUAUACGAUUCCAAUAAUUAUAAUUUUUGGAAACAUUGUAACGUAACGAUUAGAUAAAUUUUAUAAUUUCUCUAGUAUAUUCCUAUGAUGUAAAAAUAAGAAAAAAUUAUAAUAUAUCUUAUCUCGAUAUGUACAUAACAUUAUACAUGGUUUGUUUCAAAAGUAAUGAAACUAUUUUCUUUCUAACUUGAAUCGAUAGUUUUUGCAAGAAAAUUAUUAAAUAAGAUUAAUUUAUUAAAUCUUAUUAUUUAAACCAAUAUCAAUUUUUUCAAAUAAAAUAUAAUUCUUGAAAUUCAUAAAAUAUUUUAAAAAAUCAGAAAUUUUAUAUUUGUAAUUCUUUUCAGCUAUAAUGAAAAUAAUAAUGAAAAUAAAUAUUCUAUUAAAAUAAUGAAAGAUCAUUUGACGUAAUAAUGACAUUGAAGUAAUGUCAUUGUAAAAUUGAAUGUAACAUUAUUAAAUAUAAAAUUGAAAAUUGAAAAUAAUAUAAAUUGAUUGUUACUUUUGUAUAACUGAAAAUAUUGUAAAAAAUAAUGAUAACCAAUAUUAUACGAAAAAAAAAAUAACAAUGCUUUCAUAUAUUACUUUUUAUAGGAAUAUCUUUAAAAACUAUUACUUUCAAAAUAAUUUUAUAAAAAUAAGUCAUUUACUUUUAAAACAAACUAAAAUAUAUAUUUUCAAACUAAUUCACAAAUAAUGCAAGUAUUACAGAAUUACAAUAUUGAAUAUAAGUUAAAGAAAACAAGGAAACAAGGAAAAUAAGAAGGAAAAUAUAGAAAAGUUUGUAAAUGAAUAGAGAAUUGUUCGAAAAAAUAAAAUUUUAAGAAAUGUAUCGAUAAUUAAUAUUAAUUAUAUAAUUUAUAAGAAUUAUAUAAUUUUUAAUUAUUAUAUAAUUAUAUAAAUUAUAUAAAUUAUAAAAUAAUUUAAUUUAUAUAAAAAUAUUCAUAACAUUAAUAUUCAUAAUAAUUAAAAAUACUCGAAACAAAAAAUAUUUGUAUUAUUUAUGAGAUGAACUUGAUAUAUUUAACGAAUUUUUCAAGUACUUAACGAAAAGAAGAGAGUCAAUAUCUUCUCGAGACUUGCAAACAUGUAACGAGCUAAAGGAGAACUAAAACCACGAACAUGAAAAAUAUUCCCGAAAUUUCAAAAAAUUUUCUUCGGGUCAAAUCGAUUUAUCGAUAGUCGAUAAAUAGUUUCCAUUUAAAUAUUUGGUUUCCCUCAAAAAGUAAUUUCCUCUUCGUCGUCGAUCAUAAAAUCGUGUGGUUAUCGCGUAGUUUUAGUAUUAAUCGUUAGGAAAUAAUCAAUGAUUAGAGAUUAAAUUUUCAAGGAUCGAAUGGAGGGCAUCCGAUCGAUCGGUAAAAUCUCUCGAUUCCAAAUAUUAGAUCCAACGAUAAUAAAUAUUGCGCUAGAAAAUGUGAAAAUUGUAGACGAGAAUUAUUUGUAUGAUUAACAUUUAAAACGUGAUAUCAAUUUUCUAGAAAAGAAAUUUUUUAUAUUCCUUUUAUAUUCUUAAUUUUCUUUUCCCUCAUGAAAUUUUAAAAAAUAAAUUACUAAGAAUAUAAAAUCUUACUUUCAACUAAAAAAUUUAUUUUUAGAUAUUAUUUAAUCUUUUCUAUUUAAAUUUAUAGAUAUAUCACGAGAUCAUGUUAUAUGACGUUAUAUACUGAAUAAAUAUUAAAAAUUGAAUUUUAAUUAUUAUAUAAAAUAAUAUGAUAUAAAUAGUUUUAUUCUUGAAAAAAAAAAUAUUAAUUCAAGAAACCAAUAUUUUGAAAUAUCAAAAAUAUCGUUUUAAUAAAUGUCAAAUUAUUGAUAUUACGACUUGAAUAUUAAUAAUUCGAACUAUUUUUAGAUGGAAGUUCUCUUUCGAUUUCAAAACUAAUAAUCGAAUUAUUAUUAAAUUUACUUUCUAAUGAGAUAUCUCUGCAAUUAAAUAAAUAAUUUUUUAAAUUUUUCUUAAAUGUAAUUUUACAAUCUUAACUCUUCUUUGUCAUUAAUUCUCGAAUUAUAUAAGCAGAGAAAGUAACAAUAUGCAUAUAAUGCGCAAUAUUACAUGUUAAAUUGAAAUCACAGACAAAGCUUUCACACGAAAAAAGCUCUUUUCACGGGAUCGGUCACGUUCGAACGAUGUGACAUUGAACAAUUUAAUUCCGGGUAACAAAUGAAUCGCGAACGAGCACGAAUAAAGCAACAAGAGGAACAACGUAACAUAAACGAAAAGACGAAGAAGAAGAAAAAGAGAAAAGAACAAAUACAGAAUGUAAGAGGUAAUUGGAGAGAGAAAGAGAGAGAGAGAGAGAGAAAGCGAAAAAAUGUGUGUGCGAAAGAUGAUGAGAAAGCGUGUAAAAAUGGCGCAGAGUUUCCCAGAGAGGAAAAGAAACACAGUAUUGCCUUCCUCAGGGACGUGGCCUCGGCCCGUGUGUUUUCAUCUUAAGUUCUUAGAGCAAUAAAUCGGCGACAAUCACGGCAUUUCGGGUCGAGUCCGCGUCGCUGAAACACUUUUUGUCUGUCCGCGUUCCAAUAUUAUUUUCCCCUCUAUGCUUAGAACGUCGACGACAAAAUCAAGCGAUCGUUGAUGUCAGCAGUGUCCAUUUAACUGUCAAGAGAUUAAGAAAGAUAAGUAUUUUUUUUUAAAAAUUGGCGAUUUUUAAUGAUUUUUAUUGAAAUAAGAAAUGCUCCCUGUUAUAGAAAGUUUUGUUUAAUGAAUCUGAGUAAUAUUUUAUUUAUUUAUUAAGUAUAAUUUUUAUUUGUAUUUAAUUCAAUUUUAUUUGUAUGUAAUAAAAUAUAUUCUAUAUA